UGACUUUGAUUGAAGAAAAGUUGAAUUAAAUAUACAUCUAUUAUUAUUGCUUCCUCAGUUAAAAUGCAGGAAUAUGGGAUUAUGAUGCACCACUGUUACGUUUUCCCAGUGUGCUCAUUACGUUAACAAACUGGAAUGAUCAUAAAUACAGAAUGGAGAUCAGGCGUUAUAACAUGGACCAGUGUGGGUUCCUCAUCAACCCCAUUAAGAAGUGUGAUACCAUGGCGACUGAGACUAUGGAGGCCAAAUGAUUUAAGUCAAUUAUCAGAGGUCCUCAAACUUCCUCGCAAUCCGCUCCUAAUCUAAUUCUAGCAAUUUAAGGAUAACCUCAGGGAAGGUAUAAAACCACACCUGAGGUGGACUUAAGCUGUUCGCCUAGCACCUCCUGUAGAAAUAACAUUGACAGGGUUGGCACCGAUCCUCACCGACAGAAGCGAGCAUGGUCUGGGACGGAGGGAUGGAGCCCAAUGGCACAGAGGGCAAGAACUUCUACAUUCCCAUGUCCAACAGGACCGGGAUUGUCAGAAGUCCCUUCGAGUACCCGCAGUACUACCUGGCAGAUCCUAUUUGUUUCAAGAUGCUGGCUUUCUACAUGUUUUUCCUGAUCUGCACUGGAACCCCCAUCAACGGCCUGACUUUGCUGGUGACGGCUCAGAACAAGAAGCUCCGACAGCCGCUCAACUACAUCCUGGUGAACUUGGCCGUGGCCGGUCUCAUCAUGUGCGCCUUCGGAUUCACCAUCACCAUCACUUCUGCCGUCAACGGAUACUUCAUUCUGGGAGCCACUGCCUGCGCUGUUGAGGGAUUCAUGGCCACCUUAGGAGGUGAAGUGGCUCUGUGGUCCCUGGUGGUCCUGGCUGUUGAGAGGUACAUUGUCGUCUGCAAACCCAUGGGAAGCUUCAAAUUCACCGGAACUCAUGCAGCAGUUGGUGUGCUCUUCACCUGGAUCAUGGCAUUCGCUUGUGCCGCCCCUCCUUUGUUCGGCUGGUCCAGAUACCUCCCCGAGGGCAUGCAGUGCUCCUGCGGACCUGACUACUACACCCUGGCUCCAGGAUUCAACAACGAGUCCUACGUCAUCUACAUGUUUGUGGUGCACUUCUUUGUCCCAGUCUUCCUCAUCUUCUUCACUUAUGGCAGCCUGGUGAUGACGGUCAAAGCCGCUGCAGCUCAGCAGCAGGACUCUGCAUCCACUCAGAAGGCUGAGAAAGAAGUGACCCGCAUGUGCGUCUUGAUGGUCUUCGGCUUCCUGGUGGCCUGGGUGCCCUAUGCCACCUUUGCCGGCUGGAUCUUCAUGAACAAGGGAGCCUACUUCAGUGCUCUGACGGCUGCUAUCCCUGCCUUCUUUGCUAAGAGCUCGGCUCUGUACAACCCAGUCAUCUACGUGCUGCUGAACAAACAGUUCCGUAACUGCAUGUUGAGCACCAUCGGAAUGGGCGGCAUGGUGGAAGAUGAGACCUCAGUGUCCUCCUCAAGCAAGACAGAAGUUUCCUCUGUCUCUUAAAUGGGAUGAAACAAAGCAUUCUAUGGACACUUUCACUGAUUGUUUUGAAACCAAAAGUCUUUUUCAACCUUUGCCAAAAGGAGUUUGGAAUUCAGGAAUUCAACUGUGUAAAUAAACGCUGGACUGUGUGUGAGACAGAGAGUGAAGAUGUGAAAGAUGACCGCUCUCACAACAACUGGGGUGAAAUGUGAGGGAGGCUCUGUGCUCCUGGAAAAUCACAUACGUGUAUAUUUUGCUGGUUUUUAAUGAUAUCAAAAAAGAAGAAGAAAAAAAAUCAGUAGAUAAUAAAAUGCAUGCAUAAAUAUAUA